UACAGGGGAAGCACGUGGUUCUGUAACCGGAAGAAGCGUCCUCUGUGAAGCUCGACAAUGGGCAGUGUGUUGGCUGCCAGUGCCCCCAGCCCACCUCCACCAGGGCCAGGCGGAGCAGGUUUGGUGUCAGUCCCACCAGGUUUCACAAUGCCAUCCGUCCCACCUGUCUCAGUUACUGGUGGCUCUUCCACCGGGCAGCAGGAGACUGAUCCUCCCCUCCCUAACCCUGGUGCCUUUGAAGAGUGCCAUCGCAAAUGCAAAGAGGUUUUUCCAAUGCAGAUGGAGGGUGUUAGACUAACAGUGAACAAGGGCUUGAGCAACAACUUCCAGGUAAACCACACAGUGUUGCUCAGCACUCAAGGAGAUUCCAGUUACAGGUUUGGAGCUACUUAUGUGGGCACCAAGCAAACAGGACCUGCAGAGGCCUUUCCCGUCAUGGUUGGGGACAUGGACAACUCAGGGAGCCUAAAUGCACAGGUUAUUCAUCAGAUCACAGACAGUGUGCGCACCAAACUUGCCUUCCAGACUCAGCAGCAGAAGUUUGUGAACUGGCAAGGAGAUGCAGAAUUUAGAGGAAAAGAUUUCACAGCUGCAGUAACCUUUGGCAACCCAGACGUUUUGGUGGGGUCUGGAAUUGUCAUAGCUCAUUAUCUCCAGUCUGUCACUCCAUCGUUGGCACUAGGGGGAGAAUUGGUGUACCACAGACGACCGGGAGAGGAGGGCACAGUCAUGUCUCUGGCAGGAAGAUAUACAGGCAGCAACUUUAUCGCCACAUUUACGCUAGGAGGAGCUGGAGCUCAUGCGUCAUAUUACCACAAAGCCAAUGACCAGUUGCAGGUUGGCGUAGAGUUUGAAGCGAGCACUCGAAUGCAGGACACUAGUGUAUCAUUUGGAUACCAGCUUGAUGUCCCCAAAGCUAACUUGGUCUUUAAAGGUUCUUUAGACAGUAACUGGGUGGUAGGAGCCACGCUUGAAAAAAAACUGCAACCCCUGCCUCUGUCACUGGCCCUCUGUGCUUUUCUUAACCAUAGAAAAAACAAGUUCCAGUGUGGAUUUGGUGUCACCAUUGGUUAAACCUAACAUCUUGCUUAGUAAGAAAGCUGUUUGGUUGAUGCUACAAAUUAUCCGCCAGUCCAGUAAAGACUGGACACACUUGCACAUUUAUCCAUACCUGUCCAAAACCAGAAACAAUGUCAGUACUUCUGUAAAUUUCUACCUUUGAAGCAAAACAGAGAUAAACAACAUAAAUAUUUGUUUUUUCUUCUACCCAUCCAUGUUAUUGUAAUAUUAAAGAAGUCAAAAUGUUCCAAAAAGCAAUGAUAAUUCUAGUACAUAUAAGCCAAUGCAAAAUACUUCGGUACCCUCUGAUACAUUGUGAGAACCACGUACAGAUACUUAUAUGAGUACAAAUUUGCAUUUUCUUUUGUUUGUUAUGGUCCAUUUAGUUUUUUAUAAUUUAUGUCAUGUGUUUUUUUCUGUGCUUAAUGAAGGGGUCAGGGGUUUUGGCACUUUUCAAAUAAUUUUAAAACAUUGCUGGAGUAUCUCUGUACUCACAUGGGUACAUAUAUAAAUAAAAAUAUUGUGUGCAUUGCCUGUAAUAUGAAACAUGCAUAGAUUAUUAAAAAAAACCUUCUUCUGUCUAUCAAACUGAGAUGUGAUUUUUACUUUUACGGAUGGAUUUUGUGGGCCAGGACAAUGAAAAAUGGUGCCUGCAGUUUGAAGAGAAACAAAAAGGGAAAAAAGAUUAAUCAAAAUGUUUAAUGUGUACACAGAACUUCGUAACUUCAAAUGGAUGGAUGAUAAAUUGUUGCAUGGUUGAGAAAUAUCUGUCUAAACUACUUUAUCAUUAUUAGAGAAAAGCUGAAAUAUCUAAAUAGUUAUCUGACAACAAAUUAUGAUGCGUUAUUAAAUAAUAAUUUGUAUCCAUAUUAAAAAUGACAUAUUGUUUAUAACUAUUAGCUAACACAUUGAAAAUGUAUUACAUUCGCUUUGUAUGCUGACACUUAUGUGACUUGCUGUCCUAUUUCACACUGGGUGACUUACCAUUGUGCCAGCACGUGUACAUGACUUGUACUACUAACAUUAUCCCAGAAAGCAUCUGUUACCAAGUCCAUUAACCUGUUCCAUUUUUAGACCAUUUUUAGUUUUUAUUUUACUUUUGGAGUUGCACAUGUUAGGUAAAUACAUGCCAGAAAAGGAUAUAGAAAAUGUUAACUACCCUGGAAUGCAAACGUUAUAACCUGGUUUACACUGGAAAGCAAUAAGAUCAAUAUGACAAAAGCUCAGGGGUCAGUUCUCAGUAUUCUCCUUAACCUGACUGAAGUGUGUGAGCAAUCAACCUCGAUGAUUCAGUUGUAUUCUGAAAUGCAUUUUGUGUGUAAAACAAGUAUUUUACAACAUUUGUUAAGUGAACUUUAGACCACUGAUUUCUUAUUUUAAGAACAUGUAGAAAUAUUUAAUUUCUGAAACUACACAAAUAAAUAAAUUUACCAGUUUAAAAUGUAA